AUGUCAUUUCAUGUAAAACAUAGUUAUUUAUCACAUCUUAAAAAAUGUUCGAAUCAAAAUAGUGUUCAAUUAAAGCAUGUUGUUAAUUUUGUUACUAAAACUACAACAAAUAUCAAGGAAUCAAAAUCAAUUACUACAAUAAAGAAACAAAUAGGAACAAAUAUUAAAAAUCGAAUUAUUAAAAUGGAAAUACCUAAAACUGAAGAUGAUGAACAACAACAAUUAGCAAUAGCACUUUCAACUUCAAUUAAAACUGCUAUAGAACCUCCUAAUGCUUUCGAUAUUCUUCAAGCUGUAUCGAAAAAAAUCAAAACAAUAGAUUUAUUAACAGUACCAUUAUGGAAUGUCUCAAUGGAAGAUAAACUAAAACUAUGUUCAAUACGUUUAUCAAAUCUAUGUGAACGUCUAAUUACAAUAAUACCUUCAGAAAAUGCAUAUAAAUUUCCUUUAAGUUCUCUUCAAGUUGUAUCCCAAACAAAUUUUGGUCAUGUCAAUUGGUGGAAUAUAACAACAACUGAUCCUCAUUAG